AUUUUUUAUAAUAAAUUAGUGGGGAUUAUAAUUAUUUUUCUUAACCAUUCUUUAGUUGUUAUUACAAUUUACAAUUAAAAUCAACAAAACACGUGGUGUACACUACAUAUUACGUAAUUUAAAAUAUUCCUGUUUAAUCUUGAAAUUUUUAAGUUUCAUUAUAUCAACUGAAUUUAAUUGUAAUUGAUCAUGUCAUCUACAUUUGAUCUAGCAUUGAUCAGUGUAUCUAAUAAAACUGGCUUACUAGAUUUUGCUGGUCAUCUUGUUAAAAACGGUUUUAAACUGUUAGCUAGUGGAGGAACAUCUUCUUUUCUUCAAAAUGAAGCAAAACUUCUAGUUACUAAUGUUUCUGAUUUUACUGGAGCACCAGAAAUACUUGGAGGCCGCGUUAAAACUUUACAUCCAGCUAUACAUGGAGGUAUUCUCGCUCGUUUAACUCCAACUGAUCAAAAUGAUUUGGAAAAACAAAAUUUUAGUUUAAUUCAAAUUGUUGUAUGUAACUUAUAUCCAUUUGAAAGUGUAAUAUCCAAAACUGAUGUUGAUCUGUCUGAUGCUGUUGAAAAUAUUGACAUAGGAGGUGUGACAUUAUUAAGAGCUGCUGCAAAAAAUUAUGAAAGAGUCACAGUUAUAUGUGAUCCAAAUGAUUAUUCAGAAGUUAUGAGUGAAAUAUCUUUAUAUAAGAAUACAGUUUUGGAAACUCGAAAAAAAUUAGCAUUAAAAGCCUUUUCACACACAGCUGCUUAUGAUGAUUCUAUAUCAAAUUUUUUUCGAAAAAAGUUUUCUAAUAAUAUUGGACAAAUUAAUUUAAGGUAUGGAAUGAACCCCCAUCAAAGCCCUGCUCAACUAUUCAUUACAGAAUCUGAAUUACCAUUAAAAGUGAUAAAUGGAUCACCUGGCUAUAUUAAUUUAUGUGAUGCCUUAAAUAGUUGGCAACUGGUUAAAGAACUUAAAGAAGCUACUGGCCUUCCUGCUGCCACAUCUUUUAAACAUGUUAGCCCUGCUGGAGCUGCCAUAGGUGUUUCUCUAACUGAGACUGAAGCUAAUUUGUGUAUGGUUAAAGAUCUACUUGAGAUAAUGACUCCUCUUGGUGCUGCUUACGCUAGAGCUAGAGGUGCAGAUCGCAUGUCCUCUUUUGGAGAUUUUAUUGCAUUGUCCCAUUCAUGUGAUUUUGUUACAGCCAAAAUUAUUUCUAGAGAAGUUUCUGAUGGUAUUAUUGCACCUGGAUAUCAUGAAGAAGCUCUAAAUUUAUUAAAAAAAAAAAAAAAUGGUAACUAUUGUAUACUUCAAAUUGAUGAAAAUUAUAUGCCAAAACCUAUAGAAAGAAAAACAUUAUAUGGAAUUACAUUGGAACAAAAACGUAAUGAUGGAAAAAUAGAUAGAGAACUUUUUAAAAAUAUUGUUACUAAACGGCAAAAUGUCAAUGAAGAAGUUAUUCGUAAUCUUAUUGUAGCUACCAUAACUUUAAAAUACACUCAAAGCAAUUCUGUAUGCUACGCUUUAAAUGGCCAAGCAAUUGGGAUUGGAGCCGGGCAGCAAUCAAGAAUUCAUUGCACCCGAUUAGCUGGUGAUAAAGCUGAUAACUGGUGGCUUAGACAACAUCCUCGGGUAUUAGGUAUGAAAUUUAAAAAAUCUGUCAAAAGAGCUCAAGUAGCAAAUGCUGUAGAUGACUAUAUAAAUAAUACAAUUGGUAAUGGAAUAUCACGAUCUAGAUGGGAAGAAUUAUUUGAAGAAAUUCCUGUAGAAUUAACAACUGAAGAAAGAAAAAUCUGGAUUUCACAAUUAAAAGGUGUUAUUUUAUCAUCAGAUGCAUUUUUCCCAUUUAGUGAUAAUAUUGAAAGAGCUAUUCAGAGUGGUGUUGAGUUUAUUGCAUGUCCAUCAGGUUCAACAAAUGAUCAAGAGGUGAUCAAUUUUUGUAAUGAGCAAAAUGUAGUUUUAGUUCAUACAAAUCUUAGACUAUUUCAUCAUUGAUAAAAAUAAUAAAUUGGAAUAUUUUGAAGAUAUGUGUAUCAAAUACGAUAUAUUUAAACACUUUAUGUAAAAAUAUUCAAAUUAAAUAACUUAUAUGCUAUUUGUUACACAACUUAUUGUUAAUAAGUUACUAGAUCUAAUAUAUGAUCCACAAAUAAAAACUUAUAUAUGUUAAAUUUUAAUUGUACUAUUAAGCUUACAAAUAUCACAAUUAUCUUAGCUUGUUUUUAUGUAUUUUAAUAUUACUUGUUUAUUAGUCGUGAGAGAAAUAUAAAGUUUAUAUUUAUUUA